AUGCCGGGGUCACGGGCGGCGCUGGGGUUGUGGGAACGAGCCGGGGGCCUGGACGGGGACGAGGCGGGCGUUGUGGAGACUGCGGGAGGCGUGUCUCCCAGGGGCGGCACCGUAGACACGGCGCAAGAGGUGACCGAGUGGGCGAGGCGCAUCCAGGCCUCGAUCGAGAGCAUGAACAGGCUGGUGGAUGGCUUCCAGCUCGCCGGGGGGGGCAGCAGCAGCAGCAGCAGAAGCGAAGCAGCCGGCACCGUGACCAGUCCCGACUCAUCCAUGUCGGGAGUACCACGACGAGACGAUGGCGAUGCCCUCUCCUCCGGGGGCGCGGCAGACAGCGCUUCUCAUGCGACGGGCUCACGGUCCAGCGGGUCCCGCGGCGGGGAGAGAGCGGUGGUCGGGGCGGCGGCCGCGGCGGCGGCAGCGGGGGCGCCUACUUCUUCCUCGUCCUUGUCGGCCUACGGUUUAGAGGGCUUCGCCUCCGCCCAGCUGGGAUUCCGACGGGUCGACGGAAGGCCCGGCCCCGCCGAGCACCGUGCCGCGGACCGGUCCCAGGAGGAAAAGAGAAAGGGCGAGGAUGCGAGCAGCGGGGGUUGGGAAGAGGCCAAGGGAGAGGGGGCUGUGCGUUGGGAGGCAGGCGACGGCAUAGUAGGAGCGAGCGGCGGCGGCGGCGGCGGCAUCAAAUCGUUCGUCCGGUCCUCGCUGUCGUCGUCCUCGGCCUCGUCGGUGAUGGGCCGAGCGGACGCCGUCUUGGCGGAAGCCGCGCGUGGGAUAGGGCUUGGCAGUGCCGCUUCUGUGGGAGGCGGUAGCUACAGGUCGUCGUCGUUGAGCAGCAGCACCGGUAGCCACUCGUUGGGGCCGGACCUUGAGGCCGAGAUAGCCAGCCUGGAGGCUCUUGCGGAGUCGCUGCAGCAGCGGAAGAUGCGCUUCGAGCCUAAGCAGCAACAACAGCAACAACAUCGUCCUGCUACCUUCGACAGGGAGCGAGGGCAUCGACGGAGGCCACGAGUUCACGCGGCCUCCACCGGUUCCGAGGAGAAGGGUCUCGACGGCGGAGAGGAUGGCUCGGACGGGGACGGAGGCGACGAUGGCGACGGUGCUGCCGCGGUGCUUGCUGACGGCGUUGUCCCCGGCACCGACCCCCGGCGAAGAGACGACGCCGUAGACACCGCCGCCCGCCCUGCCGCGGCGUCACCGAGCUCCUCGGAGGCGGCCUCUCUGUUUGACGGCUCUUCUUCGCCGUCCCCACCCCCCGCGAGCGACCUAUCGCUGGACCCCGAUAUCCUGGUGGAACCCCAUCAACAGGCGGUGGACAGCGGCGGCGGCGGCGGCUAUUACGACGAAAGCGGAGGCGGUGCCGCUACGCCUCUCGAGGCUCCCGGGUGGGGGUCCCUCGCCGACUACAUCGAGGGGACGUCCACAAACUCGGCGGGGUCGGCGGCCGUCGCGUGGCGGGACCUGAGCACGGAGGAGCAGGACUUGAUACUCGAAAAUGCCGGCAGCGGAGGGCGAGGGCCGGCCGGGGGGGGCGGUGGGGCGGAGGGGGUGGUAGAGGGAGAGGGGUACGGAUACGCCGGUACGGGUGCGGGGUCGGACGGAAGAGCUGCGAGUAGUGAUUACGGCAACAGCGGCGGCGGCGGCGGCGGCGGCGGCGGCGGCGGUGUUGCGGAGAUGAAGACCGCACGAGCGGAGCACGACGAGGUGCUGUUCGCUGGUGGGAGGGGCCCCGGCGGUGGGGGCGUGUUGCCUAGCACCGCCGGCGACGAGAAAGAGCAGUUUGUUGCGGGAGCGGCGCCGGGAGCCGCCGGGCGCUCUGCUGGCGGAGACGAUGAUGACGAUGACGGAGGAGAAUCGGCUGCGCCAAACGACAACAUCAGCGGAGGAGGCGGCGCCGCUCUCGGCAUCGGCGACGGCGACCUCUCUUGGGCUACGCAAGCCGACGACGGCGGUGACUACAGGAGCGGCGGUGGCGGGGAAGCCGGCCGUGUUCUCGACGCUGGGAGUAACGCUUGGGCGAUUGCUCGGCGUGCCCACGACGAGCGUGAUCUGUUCGGCGGUGGCAUGGAGGAGGGUAGAAACGGGGGCGGAGGCGACGUAGAUGACGGUCGAGGAGACGAGAGCUGGUCGCGUUCGCUUUCGGAGGAGGAGAGCGAGUUGGAGCCGUUGCCGGCGACCGCAGGAGACGCUGCAGGACCACGUUACGGGCACGAGGGUGGCGGCAUCAGGCGAGAGGAGGACACCACCCUGACGGAAGACUCUCUCAAGUUCUCCGAGCCCUCGCUCGACUCCUUGGCCAUGGCGAGGGAAGGACCGCCAGGCAGGGAACCAGGAGCGCAUGCUGCUGCUCGACCAACCGGUGCCUCCGCGUGGGAGGUGGGGAGUGCAGUCGUUCGGGACCAGACCCAAGAGCGGCCCGCACCUGACCAUCGCGGUGGCGCGGCAGGUGGCACGAGGGGUCGAUCGGAAGAAGGAGGCGCGGGCGGGGGUAGGCGGCUGGAGGCAGAGGAGGCUGGAGAACUGGCGGCGUUUUUCAGGAGCCGGGCUUCGGGGUUCAUCUCGAGGUCGAGGGCUCGGGAAGAGGCGGUGCGGCAAAGGAGAGAAUCCCGCCGAAAGUCCCGUGAAGACGACGAAGCUAUCGCCGCCGCUGCGGCCGAACAGCGGCGUGACCAGCCACACCAAACCGGGGUCGGGCCGGGGGCGCGGAUGAGAGGGGGUGUUGAUGUCGCGGGGCCCCCAUCCGGGUUGCUUGGCGAGUCAGGAGGAGGAGGAGGAGGUCGACGCAGGGUUUCGAUCCAGGAGGCCAGGAAGAGGACCGCAAGGCUGUACAACUCCCUGCCGGAGGUGCGCGAGGCUCGAGAGAAGAAGGAGAAGAGCGAGGAGCGAGUUAGGCGUUUGCUGCAGGCGAGGGCCCUCGAAAAAUCUCGACAUCGCUCUCGAAGGGGUGGAGGAAGAGGAGGGGGAGGAGGAGGAGGAGGAAGGAGUUCUGGCAGGAAGUGA